GGCGCGGGGGGGGGGAGAUGGUCGGGGCGUGGGAGAGCUGGCAGAGAGGGGGUGGCCUGGACAGCUUUCCCGCGAGCGAGCACCCCGCGCGGCCUCCGAGAAGCCUAAGGGCAGGCUUGGGCAGCUCCCCAGAGGCUCUCGCGGUGAUAAAACUUGAGAAAAAACGAGGGGCGGCGCGGCGUCUCCCGAGUCCAAUCCUGUCUCAGGAGUGAAAACGCUCUCGGGCAGGCAAGCCUGAAAAAGGCCCGGGCGACGUAACGAGCAGCUGAAAGAAGCGCACCUCCGCACCGCUGCACCUCGGCGGGCUCUGGUCUCUUGCGUCCCACCCGGUGCCUGCGUCCUCCUCCCCGGCCCCGCGCCCCCCGCGAUGGCAGCCACCGGGCCCCGGAGCUCCCUGCGCGGAGCCCUCGGCAGACAGCUACUGCUGACCCUUGUGGUCUUCAGUUUUGCUUGUGAAGCUUGCAAAAAGGUGAUAUUUCAUACACCUUCCAAACUAGAGGCAGACAAAGUGGUUGGCAGAGUUAAUUUGAAAGAGUGCCUCGGAUCUGCAGACCACAUCCAAUCCAGUGAUCCUGAUUUCAGAGUUCUAGAAGAUGGGUCAGUAUACACAGCCCAUGCUGUUGUGUUGUCUGAUGAGAAAAGAUCUUUCACCAUAUGGCUUUCUGACUCAAAGAAACAGACACAGAAAGAGAUUCCUGUGCUCCUGGAACAUCAGAAGAAGGUACUGAGGAAGAGACACACUAAAGAGACUGUUCUCAGGCGUUCCAAGAGGAGAUGGGCGCCUAUCCCCACCUCAAUGAUGGAGAAUUCCUCGGGCCCUUUCCCUUUGCUCCUUCAACGAGUUCAAUCUGACGCGGAACAGAACUAUACCAUCGUCUACUCAAUAAGUGGGCCUGGAGUUGACCAAGAACCUUUAAAUCUGUUUUCCAUGGACAGAAAAACUGGAAGUCUAUAUUGUACCCAGCCUGUGGAUCGUGAAGAAUAUGAUGUUUUUGAUCUGAUUGUCCGUGCGUCAACUGCAGAUGGGUAUUCAGCAGAAUUACCUCUUCCACUGUCCAUCAGAGUGGAGGAUGACAAUGACAACCGCCCUAUUUUCACAGAAGCAAUUUAUAAUUUUGAAGUUCCAGAAAGCAGUAGAAUUGGUACUACAGUGGGAGUGGUUUGUGCCACGGACAGAGAUGAACCAGACACGAUGCAUACGCGCCUGAAGUAUAGCAUUACAGAGCAGACGCCAAGAUCACCUGGGAAGUUUUCUGUGCAUGCCAGCACAGGUGCAAUCACCACAGUCUAUGUUUUGGACAGAGAGGUUGUAGACAAGUACUCAUUGAAAAUGAAAGUACAAGACAUGGAUGGUCGAUCAUAUGGAUUGAUGAGUACAGCAACUUGUAUCAUAACAGUAAAAGAUUCAAAUGACAAUUUACCCACUUUCAGACAAAAUGCUUAUGAAACAUCAGUAGAGGAAAAUACGUUCAAUGUGGAAAUCUUACGAAUACCUGUAGAAGAUAAGGAUUUAAUUAACACUUCCAGUUGGAGAGCCAAUUUUACUAUUUUAAACGGCAAUGAAAAUGGACAUUUCAGUAUCAGUACAGACAAAGAAACUAAUGAAGGUGUUCUCUGUGUUGUAAAGGCACUGAAUUACGAAGAAAACCGUCAAGUGGUCCUGGAAAUUGGAGUACGCAAUGAAGCUCCAUUUACUGGAGAUGUGACACGCAUAAUGACAAACAUGAACAGAGCCUUUGUCACAGUUCAUGUGAAGGAUCAGGACGAAGGGCCUGAAUGCAAACCUGCAGUCCAAUAUGUACAGAUUAAAGAAAACUCCCCAGUGGGUUCAAAGAUCAAAGUAUAUAAGGCAUAUGACCCUGAAACUAGAAGUAGCAGUGGUUUAAGGUACAAAUUAUUGUAUGACCCAAAAGGGUGGAUCACCAUUAAUGAAUUUUCGGGCUCAGUCGAAACUUCCAAAACCUUAGACAGGGAGACUGCAACUCCCAGUGGUGCCUUGUAUAGUGUUACAGUCCUGGCAAUAGAUAAAGGUGGUAGAUCAUGUACUGGAACCCUUGUAGUUAACAUUGAAGAUGAGAAUGAUAAUCCACCAGAAAUAGCUCAAAAUUUUCUAGUAAUUUGCAAAACAAAGAUGAAGUAUGUUGACAUUACAGCUGUUGAUCCUGAUGAGCCCAUCCACGGCGCUCCAUUUUACUUCAGCUUGGCAAACGCUUCUCCAGAAAUCAACAGACUAUGGGGCCUCGUCAGAUUUAAUGAUACAGCUGCCCAUCUUUCAUAUCGGAAAAAUGCCAAAUCUCAAGAAUAUCUUAUUCCUAUUACUGUAAAAGAUAGAGGAAAUCAAUCUAUAACAAAAACCUUGACAGUGAACCUCUGUGAUUGUACUAAUCAAGGUCAAUGUCGCACGACUGCACCGCGUACAGGAGUGAUACUUGGCAAAUGGGCGAUCCUUGCGAUACUUCUGGGUAUAGCAUUGCUUUUCUCUAUAUUGCUAACUGUAGUAUGUGGAUUUGUUAGUGCCAGAAAUAAAAAAAGUUUUCCUGAAGAUUUGGCACAGCAAAACUUAAUCAUCUCAAACACAGAAGCACCUGGAGACAAUAAGGUGUGUUCUGCCAGUGGGUUUACGACCGAUACAGUCAACAACUCUAGCCAAGGCUUUUGUGGUACUAUGGGAUCAGAAGUCAAAAAUGGCAGGCAGGAAACCAUUGAAAUGGUAAAAGGAGGAAACCAGACCUUGGAAUUGUGCCAGGGGGCCGGGCAUCAUCACACCCUGGGUUCCUGCAGAGGAGGCACCAUGGAGACGGACCACUCGGAAUGGCACAGUUUCACUCAGCCCCGCCUUGGUGAAAAAUUGCAUCUAUGUAAUCAGGAUGAAGACCACAUGCCAUCUCAAGAUUAUGUUCUUACGUAUAACUGUGAAGGAAGAGGGUCUCCAGCUGGUUCUGUAGGUUGCUGCAGUGAAAAACAGGAAGAAGAUGGCCUUGACUUUUUAAAUAAUUUGGAAACCAAAUUUACUGCCUUAGCAGAAACAUGCACAAAGAAAUAAUGUUACAGUGCUACAAUUAGACAUAUCUUUGUCAGACAUUCUGGAGGUUUCUGAAAGGGAUAUUGUAAAUUUUAAUUUAUAUCUAGAUAUAUAUGAAUAUGAAUAUAUAUGAAUUUUUCUAAAAUUUUUGAAUUAUGCUACCUACCAAUUGGUACUUUAAAACAGUUUGUUACUUAUCUUUUCAGGAAGUUUAAAAUGUUAAAACAGAUUUUGCCUCUUUUACUGCUGAGUAAAUAGACAACCAGCAAAUCUCAUGCUAUAGUACUGGAAUUAAGGUCUAUAAAGUACCUCCUCUUCUUCGCAUAUAUUUUUCCAAUAAAUACAUUGGCUAAAUAUUAGUCCAACAAUAGAAGCUGUAUUUGAUUGACUAUAGUAGAACAGCUCUCUGGGCUAGAAAUUCCAUUCUUAUUCCAGAUUUAGAUAAAAGUAGAAUAUUAAUCAUUAUGGUAAAUUAUGUUGGAUUUUUUUAGGUCUAAAAAAUCAGUAGCACCUGGUCAUUUUCUCUGAAGGCUACUAGAGUUUUGUUUUUCUUCUGGGUAGCAAUUAGAUCAUGAAGAGCAGUUCUAGCUACUAGAUUGCCCUAAUAAGGUCUCAAAAACACAGAGCCACAAUGUGAAAACUAGACCAGAAAAGUGUAGACCAAAAAAAAAAAAAUGUGUUGUUUUUAUACUUUUGGAAGUGUGUUUUAUGGUUUACAAAAGUAUUGUUAUGAGGAAUAUAUCUAAGUUUCCUUAAUCUCGAGAAAGAAAACUAUAUUCACCGUAUAGAGUUAUUGCCAGUAUUUUAAUGUAAAGAUCUUCUGUUGAGAUUGUAAUCACAAGUCUUUUUCCUGAGAUUCAGAACUACCUUUGAUAACUUGCCAGUAAUGAGAAUUAUGCUGAGAAAAAGUUGCUUUUCUUCUCUUGAGAAUUAUACUUUCAUAUUUUCAUUUGCAAGUUUAGCAUAUACGGCUCUUUAUUUUCUCUCGACAGUAGUCAUUUGCUAUUAGAAUAUCUUAUCCUUAGGUGGACUGUAGUUACGCCAUUGCAUCAGUCGGAAGAAACAGACUCCCAUUGUAGUUAUGGUAGCAACGAGCAUUAACAUUCAUUUCUAUUCACUACCAUUUUCAAAUAAAAUACAUUAUUCCUUAUUAAAGCAGGUAACAUUACACAAUGCUAGAAUGAAUCAAAUGAAUAUAGGGAAACUUAAACCUUAGGUGCAAUUUAAUAUCUUCCAAGGUGUUGCUUAAAUUUUGUGCUUCUCAAAUUUGUUCACAUGCUACAGCCUCUGGAAGGCCUUGCAAAAUUCCCCAAAGCAAUGACGUUUAAACUUAAAUUAACAUCUAAUCUUAUGAUAAACCUAAUAGCACAUUAUUAUAUACUCACUUCAAAUGAUAGUUUAAAAAAUAGACAACAAAUAAUAGGUACCACUAGUUGAAGAAAAGUUUGAAAGAAAAAUAAUUAAGACUAAAUUAAUUUUAAAAUUUUGCAGCUAUGAAGAAUUGGGAACUGCUCCCCAUACCCGACGCCUGCAAAAAAAAAAUUCUUUAUUUUACUUUGGAGGCAGAAUUUGUUGAGCUAGUGCAUGAAGUGGCAAUGUCGAUAGGAAUACAGUUUGAACUGGAUAUAUGUAUAUAUAUAUACACAUACAUACAUAUUAAUGUUUAUUGAUUAAUGGUUAACUAUAUAACCAUUAAUCAUUAAUGGUUAAAUAUAUAACCACUAAUCAUUAAUGGUUAAAUCAUUAAUCAAUGCAACAUUUAAAACAAAGUGGAAAACAAAGUGAAAAACAACAUUUAAAACAAAGUGAAAAACAUUUAAUUUUAAAUGAGGUGGAGGUGUGGUGUGUUCUAUAAUAGAAAUCCGGGAUUUAAAAAAUAGAGAACUUAUGUUUGGUUCUUAGGUGCUGCAUGAUAACUAAGCAUAUCAGGAAAUGGUUCAUGUACAUUUAUGUAAUUUGUUUAAAAUUGUAUGCAGUUAAUUAAACUUUUCUGGUUUCAGUGGAAAGGAAAGAGGAAUCAGGUGGAACAGUAGAUUUGCUUUGCAGUCUCCUUCUGCAUCUACAAACUGGGAGCAAACUGGUGACUGGCUGUCACAGCUAGGGCUCCCUGGCUUCCAGUGACAGUUUCCAGAGAUGAAAUGUUUUUCUUGGAGCUAACGCUAAAAACUUCUUUUAACUUAAUUCUGGUAAAAAUAAAUCUUCUACAACCA